AUGUACCACUAUGCUGUUACCGAGUUCGGCGACUACCAAGGGGUCACAAAGCCAUACUGGGCACUCCUGGCAAUCGUCAUAGUUGGUGCAUUGAGCAAUGCUAUCGUCCGCUGUGUCUACAGUAUGCGUGUCUUUAAGCUGAAGAGUUCUUGUCGCUGGCUUGUGCCUGUGAUACUUGUGAACGUACUCUCAUUUGUCGCGUUCGCUAUUGGGACGUACUUCGUCAGCCAAUGUAUCGAAUUGCCUACCUUGUUCGAGAUACACAGUCUCGCCUCAAGCUUCCGUGCUGGUUUGGUAACAGACAUAGCUGCAGAUGUCGUUGUCACCGCUUCGCAGCUCGUGCUCUUCCGAGGGAUUCGUAUGGGGCUGCACAGGUGGGAUUCCGUGAUUACGAUCCUCAUGAAGUACACCGUCAACACCGGCCUGUUGACAACCUUCUCGGCGGUUAUGGCCUUGAUAACUUUUGCAGAGCUCCCUAGUAAUUCGUUUGUGUAUAUGGCAUUCUACUUCAUUCACAGUAAACUAUAUGUCAACUCACUCCUUGCCACGCUAAAUGCGCGAGCAAUCGCUAUCAAGCAUGUAUUGGAAGAUCAAGAGAUCUCGACGGAACAACUGCUUACAACCGGUUUGGAACUCGCCAUGUCGAACACGACUACGACCGCGCCCCCUGGUCAGGUGCAUCACGAAGGCCACUGGGACACCGGAGACCGCCCGUAA